UGUGAUCAGAACUACUGUGAAACGUAACGUUAGACUUCUAGUAGUAAAUGGUUUCAUCCAGCGAAGUAAUUUGUCAAGUGUACCGCCAUUGAGUUUUCCAUUCAAACUAAUAAAAUGUUUUUAAAAUUUGAAAUGAACAUUUCAAAACUGAUUUCGUUUAAUAUUUUUUAAGAGAUACUACAUAACAAUGUUUGGUGGGACUGUAAGGCUCAAUCCAUUAGGAGUAUUUAUUAUUGUGGCCUUGUCGAUUUUAUUCUUCGUAUCAUUAAACACGAAUCUUCUGAGGUCUUAUGACAGCAGUAAAAAAGAACCUACAGUGUCGCAAAACAACAUUAGUCUUCGAAAACUCCUUAGUGAUUGUAUAUUGCUGGCAGAAGGAGGAGGUAGAAAAGUUGCUGAAAUCAGGAAGGACACUGACAUUGGAGAAACAAGCAAAGGAAAAACCAAAGAAGGCGCAAAAAAUGUUGUUACGAAAGCAGAUUAUAAUUCCCACUGUGUAAUGUAUUAUGGAUUAAAAGAAGAAUAUCCGACAAUAAAGGUUAUUUCUGAAGAGAAAAACAAAGACUGUACAGGUAUCCCUUCGCUUGACAAUUCGAAAAUCUUAGAAACAGUUCCUUCGAGUGAUGAGUAUGUUCCUGCAACUGAUAUUUCCGUCUGGAUUGAUCCUCUGGAUGCUACAUUAGAAUAUACUGAAAAUUUGUUACAGUAUGUGACAACAAUGAUAUGUGUUGCUGUGAAGGGGAAACCCAUCUUGGGUAUUAUCCACAAACCUUUUGAGCAGGAGCCGAACACGUACUGGGGUUGGGUUGGGAAAGGAACAUCUUCCAACAUUAAAUAUGUUCCUGAUAAUAAUUCGAACAAGAUAAUUAUUUCUCGAUCUCACACUGGAAAUACAAAGAACAUUACACGUUUGGCAUUUGGAAAUGAUGCUGAAAUUGUUGAAGCUGGAGGAGCAGGUUACAAGUCAUUACAAGUGGCUACUGGAAAUUUUGACGCCUAUGUUCAUAACCACUGCCAUAAAAAAUGGGACAUUUGUGCUGGAAAUGCUGUUAUCAAAGCUCUUGGUGGACAAAUGACAACAUUAAGUAAUGAAUCAAUAGAUUAUUCAUGGGGGCAACUCAAGCUGAAAACACUGCAGGCCUACUCGCUACUGUGAAGAACCACAACGUCUUUUAGAAAAGCUUAGUCGUGUGAAGAAACAGUAGCUUAAAAAUUUGUGAAAAGCAGAGAGGUACAAAGCUGAAAACAAUUGCUCUCUUAUGGAAAAAUAAUUGUAUAACAUUAUAAACUAUUUGAUAUGUAAUGUUUUUAGUGGCCAAGAGAGCGGAAAGUCUUAAGCAAAGUCUAAAGCAAAAAUGAAAAAACCUGUAAACUAAGGAGUUUGUACCUAACGUGGGAUGGAGUUUAGGAGUACAAUUAUGCCUGCCAGUUAUGUAUGAUAUUAAUUAAAGUUUUGAAAGCACCACACCUUUACAUAAAUCUACCAUGGUACUGUUCAUCACUUUUAAAGUUCUAAAAUGAAGUUGUUUGUACCAGGCAAGUCUUAAUGGAGUUAAAAAGAACAAGGAUUAUAUCUCUAAUUCAUAUUUACUUUGUCUUCUUUUGAGACUGCCCCUUUAUUCUCUCUUCUCUCCAGUAAGUACCAUUCCCAUCUUCUACUUUGUUUGCUCUUUUCUCUGUCUUGACUUCUUUCAGGUCUUAAUAAUGUGUUUCGUCUAACAUUUUCGCAGGUUCUUUUUCACUUGUUUCUGUCCACUGUCAUUUCAGUUCUGUGUGUGUGUUGACUGAUAGUAGCUAUUUGUGUUUGUUAUCUCUUCUUCAUCUCUUGACCCGAGACGUGAUAUAUCUGUCUCCUUUGCAUUUUCUCUUUCACACAGAUUUUAUCUCCUCUCUCUUUUCUGAUAAUUUUUCAUAGGAUAAGGCUUUUGUACUAAAAUAUCAAGAUUUGAUACAGACAGCUGUGCUAGAUUUUUACUCAUUAUGGGCAGCUAUUUUUAUUUAUAAAUAUGUAUGUAGUAGUCUUGUGGAUGUGAGAUUUGUAUUAUUUGUAAUGUAAUGUUGUGAAAACAAAAGUGAUAUACAUUUAUGGGUGGAUGUUGCAAUCUUUAUUAAUUGAAAAUAAAUAUGUGAA